UUUUCUUUAGGUGUAAGUGCCAAUGUCCGUGGCAAAUAGAAGUUUUCUGCAAGGAGACAAAACAGGCAGACAAGAACUGUGAUUCAAGGGAUCUACAUCCAUCAUUCAUUUCGUUGUGGAUUUCCUUAGCUUGAGCAUGGACUCUAACAUAAUUUACUGUCAAAUUUGUUCCUUUCAGCCUAUGGAAAUUUAUGUUGACGAUGAAGCCAAGUUAACCCUUCAUGGACUUGUUCAGCACUACAUCAAAUUGAAAGAGGAGGAGAAAAAUCGCAAAUUGAAUGAUCUUCUUGAUGCCCUAGACUUCAACCAAGUUGUUAUCUUUGUGAAAAGUGUUAGUAGAGCAGCUGAGCUGGACAGACUACUCAUAGAAUGCAAUUUUCCAUCUAUAUGCAUUCACUCUGGCAUGUCCCAGGAAGAAAGGUUAAAGCGUUAUAGAGGUUUCAAGGAGGGGCAUACAAGGAUUCUUGUUGCUACAGAUUUGGUUGGUAGAGGGAUUGACAUU